CACGCCACCGGCCGUGUGGCCACGCCCCCUCCUUCUGCCCCCAUUGGUCGAGGAGGAAGGCGGAGCGAUGACGUAGGAGGAGGAGAGGGCGGGUAGCGGAUAUAGGGCAGCGGUAGCGGGCGAGCCGGGAGCGAGAUCCGGACCGACAUGGAGCGUGUGGUGCUGGUGACGGGAGCCAGCGGCGGCGUGGGGCUGGCGUUGUGCCGCCGGCUGCUGGGGGAGGAUGGACGCAUCCACCUGUGCCUCGCCUGUCGCAACGCCCAGAAGGCAGAGGCCACGCGGGACUUGGUGCUGCAGGAGUACCCCGCCGCGCAGGUCUCCACCGUGGAGGUAGACCUGGGCAACCUGGCCUCCGUGCUGCGUGCCGCUCAGGAGCUGCGCUGCAGGUUCCAGCGCCUGGACUUUGUCUACCUCAAUGCCGGCAUCAUGCCCAACCCUCAUGUCAACUUCAAGGCCCUCUGGAAGGGGCUCCUGACCGGGAAGGUGCUCCACAUGCUGACCACUGCAGAAGGCAUCAUGACACAGACCGACAGACUGAAUGGAGAUGGGCUGCAGGAGGUGUUUACCACCAACCUCUUUGGGCACUUCAUCCUGGUGAGGAUUCGUCAGCUCGAGUCUCUGCUCUGUGGUAAUGAAAAGCCAUCACGACUCAUCUGGACCUCCUCCAGCAAUGCAAGGGAAUCUGCCUUCAGCCUGUCUGACUAUCAGCAUGCCAAGGGGCAGGAAUCAUACAGUUCCUCCAAAUAUGCCACUGACCUGACAAGUGUGGUUCUGAACAGGAAAUUUAAUAAGCAGGGUCUGUAUUCCAGUGUUGUUUGUCCUGGCCUCGUUAUGUCCAACAUGACCUUCCGAAUUUUGCCAGUUUUUAUGUGGGUGCUGCUGAUGCCCAUCAUGUUUUUGAUACGUUUCUUUGCCAAGACUUACACUCUGACACCUUAUAAUGGAGCAGAAGCUCAUGUGUGGCUGUUCAAGCAGAAGCCAGAAUACCUGGAUCCACUUGUCAAGUACCACAGCUGUACCUCUGGACUGGGGAAGAACUUUGUGGAGCCUAGAAAGAUUGAUGUGGAUGAAGAAACUGCUGAGAAAUUUUACCAGAAGCUGUUGGAACUGGAGGAGCAAACUCUAGAGAAAUACGGCGAUCUCCUAGAUUAAAUAAAACUCAUUCUCAAUGAGUUAAGGCUUCUAUCAGUAACAUGGCUUCCUUCAUUCUGGUGCUACUUGGGGUGCCUGCUGUUCUGUGGGCAUAUGGCUUCAGCACUGAUCUUCCUUCUCUAAAGAAGGUGAACAGUUCCUGAAAAUGGAAAUGUGACAACUGAAGAAGAAUAUUUAGUCUUUCUGGUAUGGGAUUUUUCUGGCAUAAAACUGGAGACCUAGUGUAGGUGGAAACUGUCCUAACACAGCUGUGAGGGGUUGUCUUCUAAAAACAUGACUGAACUGUGUACAGCUCAA